GUUUUGCAGUAGUCUUCUUUGGGAUUGGAGUUGACUUUCUUUUCAUCUUUUCUGUGGAGUAUGGCAGAUGGAAGUCGGAUAAUAUUGCUCUUUUCUUUUCUGUAAUAAUGUUUCUUAUAAUGUAUGUGUGGAAUUAUGGAAGCAACCUCAAGUAUGAAAACUGAAGUCAAGCAAAAACUGUCGAUGGAUUUGAUGCGAGAAUUAGGGUCUAAUCUUGGGACAAUACGUGCUCCUGGAAUUGGUUUGCUUUAUAAGGAAUUGGUCAAAGGAAUACCAGCAAUUCUUGGACAUUUUCUGGCUACACUUCCGGCAAUUCACUCCAUGAUCAUAUUUGUGAGUAUCAAGUAUGUUCCGGUUCCUGUGGUGCCUCAAAGUGAAAGGUUCCUUUUCCGGCGAGUCUGCCUCAAAAGUUAUCAUAUAUUUCGUUGUAUUGCCAGAUAUGGUUACAAAGAUGUUCGAAAAGAAAAUCACCAGACUUUUGAGAAGCUAGUAAUAAACUAUUUCUACGCCUUCUUCAGGAGAGGGAUCACAACACAACUUUAAGUGUGCCACAUUCACAUCUGAUGCAAGUUAGCAUGACUUACAUGGUUUGAAAAUCAAUUUUACUGUCCAAUGGAACUGCAAUUUACUCUGAAACCACGGUAUGAUGGCGGUGAGCAGACCCUCAAAAGGUUUUAUUGUGGAAUGCACAAUUCGAUUUACCUUCUAGUUGUUUGCUCUUGGUCUAGCUCAUGAUCAGCAAUCGUACUGAUGUUUGUUGCGGUUGUGUCUGACAUCUUCUUACACGGAAUCAAAAUAGGUUUAUAACAAACAGAAACAGAUAUGUUAAAAAAAUAAAUUGAUAUGACAUUAUGCAUACACAUUUGUGAACAAUUCCACUUCAACUUGAAUGUACGACUAUGGACAGAGUAUUGUAUAGUAACAUUGGAUUGGAUUGCCCUUACUUUUUUUUUCUUGUUUUUUUUUUUAUAAAUAUAUGAUCGCAUAAAUUUGUUGUUUGC